CUCUGCUCGUCACGAUUUAUCGGCCAUGUCUAAUGUCUUGAGACCAUAUCUCGCUGCGGUCAGGUCGACACUGACUGCGGCCUUGACAUUGGAGAACUUUUCAUCACAGGUCGUUGAACGCCACAACAAACCCGAGGUAGAGGUUGGAGGCUCAAAAGAGGUCUUACUAAAUUCUUUAAUCAUUUCUCGAAACGAGAACGAGCGGGUCCUCAUCGAACCAUCCGUCAAUUCGAUUCGGCUGAGCAUCAAGAUCAAACAAGCGGAUGAGAUCGAGCGUAUAUUGUGCCAUAAAUUCACGCGAUUCAUGAUGCAGCGUGCGGAGAACUUCAUUGUGUUGCGAAGGAAGCCCGUCAAGGGAUAUGAUAUCUCAUUCCUCAUCACGAAUUCACAAACCGAAACGAUGCUUAAGCACAAGAUAGUCGACUUCAUCGUUCAGUUCAUGGAAGACGUUGAUAGAGAGAUCAGUGAAAUGAAAUUGAGUCUGAACGCUCGAGCGCGUAUCGUCGCAGAGUCGUACCUCAUUGCCUUCAAUACAUAAUCACAUCGGAAAACAUUCAAAUGUAUAGUUAAGAUCAACUCUGUAGAACAAUAUAAGUAUACCAUCGUAUUUACCGCGUUUGGAAUGACCUGGGAUAGGAGAUAGGCCUGAAGGAUUCGCGUAUUGUGCUAUGGAAUACUCAUACCAUAUGCGAUUGACUGCCUGCUCCCUUACCAUUGCCAUGACCUUUUGAAAAUGAUGUUACUCUUCGACUCCGUCU